ACUGUUUUCUGUGAUGUGAGUCGGCUCUCUUCCUCCAGCAGUUGGCUCGCUCCCAUCUCACAGCACCUCACAGGUCUCUUCCCCCGAGCAGUGCACUGCCUGAGCGAGGAACAGCUCACGAAGCAGCCUGAGGUCCCUGUUUUGAAAAAGCAGAUACAGAGGCAGCGGAGGGUGGACUCCUGUGUGACCUGUUCAGAGCAAGACAAUCAGCAGCUGAAUUCCAGAAGCCCUGUUCAUGUGUGGGGAUAUUUUCUCGACUACAUGGAAUCAGAAAGAAGCAGAAGGAUGGGAAAUGCCUGCAUCCCCCUGAAAAGAAUUGCCUGUUUCCUAUGCCUCUUUUCCGUGGUUUUGCUGACUGAGGGGAAGAAACCAGCGAAGCCAAAAUGCCCUGCCGUGUGUACUUGUACCAAAGAUAACGCUCUCUGUGAGAAUGCCAGAUCCAUUCCACGCACCGUUCCUCCUGAUGUUAUCUCACUAUCCUUUGUGAGAUCUGGUUUUACUGAAAUCUCAGAAGGGAGUUUUUUAUUCACACCAUCGCUGCAGCUCUUGUUAUUCACAUCGAACUCCUUUGAUGUGAUCAGUGAUGAUGCUUUUAUUGGUCUUCCACAUCUAGAAUAUUUAUUCAUAGAAAACAACAAUAUCAAGUCCAUUUCAAGACAUACUUUCCGGGGACUCAAGUCUUUGAUUCACCUGAGUCUCGCAAACAACAAUCUCCAGACACUCCCAAAAGAUAUUUUCAAAGGCCUGGAUUCUUUAACAAAUGUGGACCUGAGAGGGAACUCAUUUAAUUGUGACUGUAAAUUGAAGUGGCUGGUGGAAUGGCUUGGCCACACCAAUGCGACUGUGGAAGACAUCUACUGUGAAGGCCCCCCGGAAUAUAAGAAACGCAAAAUCAAUAGCCUCUCCCCCAAGGAUUUUGAUUGUAUCAUUACAGAAUUUGCAAAAUCCCAAGAUCUACCUUAUCAGUCACUGUCCAUAGACACUUUUUCUUAUAUGAAUGAUGAAUAUGUAGUCAUUGCUCAGCCUUUUACUGGAAAAUGCAUUUUCCUGGAAUGGGACCAUGUAGAGAAGACCUUCCGGAAUUAUGACAACAUUACAGGCACGUCCACUGUGGUGUGCAAGCCCAUAGUCAUUGAUACUCAGCUCUAUGUAAUUGUGGCCCAGCUCUUUGGUGGCUCUCAUAUCUAUAAGCGAGAUGGUUUUGCAAACAAAUUCAUAAAAAUCCAGGAUAUUGAAGUUCUCAAAAUCCGAAAACCCAAUGACAUCGAAACAUUCAAGAUUGAAAACAACUGGUACUUUGUCGUUGCUGACAGUUCCAAAGCUGGGUUUACUACCAUUUACAAAUGGAAUGGAAAUGGAUUCUACUCGCACCAAUCCUUACAUGCCUGGUACAGGGAUACUGAUGUGGAAUACCUAGAAAUAGCCAGAACACCAUUGACCCUCAGAACACCUCAUUUAAUCCUGUCCAGUAGUUCCCAGCGCCCUGUCAUUUACCAGUGGAGCAAAGCAACACAAUUAUUCACUAAUCAAACUGACAUUCCCAACAUGGAGGAUGUGUACGCGGUGAAGCACUUCUCUGUAAAAGGUGAUGUGUACAUUUGCUUGACCAGAUUCAUUGGCGACUCCAAAGUCAUGAAGUGGGGUGGCUCCUCCUUCCAGGACAUUCAGAGGAUGCCAUCACGAGGAUCCAUGGUGUUCCAGCCCCUUCAAAUAAAUAAUUACCAAUAUGCAAUUCUCGGAAGCGAUUACUCCUUCACUCAAGUGUAUAACUGGGACGCGGAGAAAGCCAGAUUUGUGAAAUUUCAGGAAUUAAAUGUUCAAGCACCCAGGUCGUUCACACAUGUGUCCAUUAACAAGCGUAAUUUCCUUUUUGCUUCCAGUUUUAAAGGAAACACACAGAUCUACAAACAUGUCAUAGUUGACUUAAGCGCAUGAGACACCAAACUCCAUGGCUACCAUCGGAAACUUUCUACAGUAUGUGACCUGGAUGAACUCAAUGCAUGAUGACUCUUCUUAUCACACUUGCAGGUGAAUGCCUUUCAACAUUGAGACUGCUAAAGCCAAGACUACCAGUAUCACCAUCCUUACCUGUCCAAUCCAGUGGUGUGGGAAGUUACCUUUUAUAAGACCAAGUUUCAUUAUGUAACUGUUCUUUGCAGUGAAGAUGUAUAAAUAAGUGUUUAAUGGUAUCUGUUACUCCGAAAAAGAAAUAUUCAUAUGUACUUUUCCAUUUAUUUAUUCACGUGUUCAGAAACAACUGCCAAAUAAAAUGUUUACAUUUUCUUUCAUA